AUGAUGGUUUCGAAUAAUCCCGAAAAGACGGAUGUCAAUAAACUUAUGGAGAAAGAGGUAUACGCAUUCCAAUCAGAGCCAACAUGCGAGCCCACAAAGCAGGAUCAGCGAAGUGCGUCGGUUGAAUAUGACCCCAAGGCCGGUGAAAACAGACUACGUCCAGCAGGAGAUAUUAUCAACCGCAUUACUUGGGAUUCGGCAUUUGAAUGCAACAACUAUGUUAUUGGAUUCGUGGACCGAUUUGAAGGACGAUUGGAAAUUCCCAUGGGCAGUUGGAAGAAGGAGACCACCGAUGAGGAAUUCAUCCCACAGCAUCGGGUCUUAUAUAUCAGACAUAUCGAUGGGGAGAUCGUUUGGGAUCGAAGGAGACGUAUUGACAAAAUCUUCUUGAGUGGAAACUCGGCGUUCAAAGAAUUGGCCUUUCUUGCCUAA